UCGAAAUGAACUAGAAUUUUCUACGCCAUGCAAACAAGUCAAGCGCGAGAACUGGGCGAGCUGUCAACCUCUCUCUGCCACUCCCAUGUCCAAGUGACAGUCCUUUGGGGGGUUUCUCCGCGCCAGACAUUGCAAAUAGUGACUGCAUUACUUGCUUACCUAUCAUAAUACUUAGCCUGUCAGCCACAGCUCUCUCAACAUGACGCUCUUGACCAACUUGGUGGCAGCUAAUACAAACAUAUUGAGAGCUCCCCGGUGGCCUUUUCUGCUGUUGCGGGAUGACUUAUGUACACGCCUUUAAUGACGAUGCUUACCGAGCUGAACUACCUAAUCUAUGGGAACGAGCUCCCUCGUAUGCCCCCACUCCUGCUUACCCAGACCGUGAGUGAACGCCAUCAGUGAUCUGUCCUUCACCUAAUCCUGCGAACGUAGCUGAUGGAAGUGCAUGGAUGAACAAUCUGGGCCGGAUCUAAGAUCAGACUCGAGUGGAGGGGUAGAUUGAACACUUGAUUUGUGGUCAAGGAUACAAAGAAGGAUCGGACCCAACCGCCGAGAUCAGUUUGGGAAGAAGUAGAGGAAGCUAGUAAUCUUCUACGACGGAAGGCCGUGGCUGAAGAGUGAGGCUAGAUGACAGCCCCUGCAGAGUCAAGGCUGUUCUCAAGGCUGAAUCGAAGAAAUGGUGGCCUAUCAACAAAGCCACACCACCCCCUCGUGCGAAUUUGAAACCCCUCACCAACCCUUAUAUGCUGUCAUUCCAACCCCUAACUAUGAAAAACUCACCUAUGUUACCAGAACUUGCCCCUCACUUCUUUCAAUCCAAGAUCUCUGCCACGUCUUAACAAAAACUUGAUAUAAGGACAUAGACAUACCCUCCCUCAGUAUGGAAAAUAUCACUCCUGCAAAUCCUUCCCGACGUGGUCCAGAAGUUGAAGGUAACAUCAAAGUCGUCGACAAUAAAGGCUCGCAGCCUAUCAACCCUGAACCCUCGAAGAAGGUCUCCUUCGAAACCUUGAAAAACCCACACACAGCCAAUAUGCCCGCGUCGGGUAAUGUUGAGAUUCGUGCCCAGGGUACAGUGCAUGCCACUGUUCAUGGUUCAGCCACUGUUUAUGGCCCAGCCACUGUGUAUGGCCCAGCCACUGUGUAUGGCGAGGCCACUGUAUAUGGCGAGGCCACUGUGUACGGCGAGGCCACUGUUUAUGGCCCAGCCACCGUUCAUGGCCCAACUAUGUUCGAACCCCGAGAGCAUCCUCGCUCCGUGUUGAAGAAGACCUCGACCUUGAGGAACAUUCAAGCUGAUAUACGGAUUGGCCUCCGUGAGCUUCCUCGUCCAUUGCGAAAGGCGUUUUCUACCUUCCUCGACGAUGUGGUCUUCGAGGAUGAUGUCAUUGAGCAGUUUGAGCACCUUCGAAGCAACAUACAACUUCGGCAGAGAAGUGCUCAGGAAUUUCUCAGCUCAGUCGGGUCCCUUUUGGGAGAAGAUGACGUGGACACUGAUUUCAAUGAUGCUGGUAAUCCGAUGACCGAUGAUACAGGCCUGCCCGAGCUGCUUGAAGAAGCCAUGGUUCCGUCUUUGAAAGAUGAAAGGACUAAAGUGGAAAUCAUGGAGCAAAUUCGUAGGCUUCGAAAUAACCCGCAACUCCGGCAACGAACUGCCUCGGAAAUCCUCGACGUACUGGCGUUGGAAGAUAAAGAGGGAGGCCCCGGAAAUAGUCCAGCCAAUGAUUCCGGACAAGAGGACCGUCUUCCCACUUCCGCGCCUGUCGAGGGUAGUCAUUCAACCGAAGGCCUCCCACCGAGGAGCAACGAACGGUCACUUUCAGGUGGCGAUGCGCGCAAUGACCAUAGUCUGGCCGUCAACGAUACGCCCGUGGUGCAACCCCCCGAUUCACCGGAAAAGUUUUUCGACUGGGCAACAUACAAGGACCAUCAGCUUGACGCAAAACAAGAUAUCCUGGAAAACAAGCACCUCGUCACGCUAGCGCUCUACGAGUCCGUCAAAGUGAACGUUGAGGCGGGAGGUUUCAACAUCGGGCUAGAAGGCUUCGCGAAACUUAUUCGAAACUGGUUACACAAAGAAGACUUGUUGGCCUUCUACCGGUCGUUACCGCGUAUAAUCCUCCUACCUUUGGGUGAUGGAGAUGGCCACGUCGACAGGCAGCGUCUUGAGAAACUGGAUAUCGAAUUAUUCGACUCAUCGAAAUUCAAUGGCUCUGACAGGCGCUUAACUUCAAUUACUUAUGGAGACAGCAAAUAUGGGACUAUUACAGUCUUUGAAUUGACGAAGGGAGAUGACGGGACGCCGAAAACGAUCCGACCAAAGGCAGCGAUGAGAGAAGUUCCCAAGAUUAUACUGAAGAAGAUGGCUGAGGGUAUUAAAGGGGGAAGCAAGACGAUGCUGACGAUGCCUCAUCAUAAGAUCUGGGAGGUAACAGAGCAGAUUAAGAUCAAAAUGAGAAAGCUACCAGUCCUCAAACCGGAUCUGAGGACAAUCGACAACCACAACAGAGAUGAUUCGAUUGGUGACGCCUUGAAAGAUGCACUCAGCAUAGACGAUGAGACACGAUCCAGCAGGGUCAUCACGACAGUCCCACAAAUGAUUGCGAUGCUGCAUCAUAAGACGGAACUGAUUGAAAACAUCGAAUCGACGCACGUGACAACGCCCGUGAUAGAAGGAGAGAAUCUGCCGUGGGUGAGAAUGGUCGAUGCGCCAGACUUAAAUGGAUAUGCACAUAAUGGCGCUGGUUUUUAUGUCAUUGUCAUGGGGCCAGCCAAUGGAAAGUGGAUGGAAGCAAAGCUAGAGUGGAAGUAAACUUAAUCGCAGGCUUGUUCUUCUAGUUUUGCUACUGGAGGUAGGGUGCAAUAUUAAGCUAUAUGGG